AGAAAAAUAAUUAUUAAAUAUCAAAUUAAAUGAUUCAAUUGAUACAUAUAAAGAAAUUUGUCCUCUGUAUAUACAUAUAUAGAAAAACCUAAAUAUUCAUACUUUUAAGUGUAUAUACGUGUAUAUAAUGUAGAUAUAUCCUAUACAUAGGUCAGAUACAUUAGUAGUUAUGUAGAGAUAAGUAAACAUCAAGCCAAGUACUGCGCCCGAAUGGGGAAAAUGCCCAGAGCCUAAGGAAUACUACUACUACUGUUUAAAACGUCAAGCAAGCGUGGUCACUUGUUCGUUUGUUAUUUGUCUAUCGGCACCUUAUUUCUUAAAGUGGUGGUGGGGCUAGGAGGGGUAAAAUAGUUUUACAUUUACGUUGACUGGCACGCGCCAGUACAGACAAGGAAUUAGUAUACGGUAGUUGACGGUCGAAUGCGCUUUUUGAUUCUGUGUCAUAGAUAUUUCUUAAAUAAAAUCUAUUUAAAAUAAAAUUAUUAAAAAAAAAAAAAUGCGUUUUGCACUCGUAUUAUUGCCACGACAAUCCAACAAAAAAGUGAUAUUAGAGACACGGUUCAUACCAGAUUUUCACGAAUAUAAUACAGAAAGUAAAACUCGUGUAUAUCGUUACAAUGAUGGCAGGGUGAAACACAAAUGUUUAAUUUUAUGUGUAGCAGAUUCUGUCAAGGAAUUACAAAAUCCUAACUUGUGUUAUCGGAUUCCAAAAAUAAAUUAUUCGUCGCUCUGUACCUCCUCAUCGGAAAAUGAAGAAGCAGGUGUUCCAAAGGCUAAGAGAGUUAAAAAAAAUAAGAAACGAAAUUUGGUAUCAUCAAGAAAAAGUAGGGUUGACGAAAGCCUAAAAGCUCACCAAAAGGAUAGUCUAGUUAGAAAUAAGCAGGGAAACAAAGAUUCAGACGAUAAUAACGAGGAUAAACAGAACGAAGAAGAAAAAGAAAACGAUGAUGAUACAUAUGACGAAGAGCUUGAAUUUGAAUUGAGGAAUAAUGAAACGAAUAGAGAAAAUUUAUCAACAAUUCAAAAUUCUAAUCUGCCAAGGACUGCUCACAAUAGUAAAUUUAAUAUGCAAGCUGGAUCAAGUAAGCGUAAGUUUCAGCAACGGCCAAUUUUGGAAGAUGAUCAAAGUAAGAAAAGAUCAAGAGAAGACAAAGAUCAAGGGAUAGAACCAUUAGAAAAUGAAGAACAGUUAAACUUUGAACUACCACUACCGUUACACGAGCAACCGCAGGAAGACGACCAACAGCAAGAAGUGCAACAAUUGCAAGAACUUCUGCAACAGGAAGCAGAGCAACAACAACUGCUAGAAGCCCAGCGAGAGCGAGAACUUCAGCGACAGGAUGCGGAGCAACAGGAAGCAGAGCAACAACAACUGCUAGAAGCACAGCGACGGCGAGAGCUCCAACGACAAGAAGCAGAGCAGCGACAGCAGCUAGAAGCUCUACGAAAAAAUCGUAUACAGUUGGCCGCAAGACAACAAUUUCGACUAAAUGCUCUACAACGAGAACGAGGUCGAAAUCGAAACAUAAAUCAUCUUCAAAACGAUCAGUUCCUGAUCGGUGAUGGUUUAUAUAUUCCAAGUGCUGCACAAAGAGAAGCCGCUAGAUCUGAUCGACCAUCUGAGUUUAUCACAAAAAUGACACAUGCGAUAUGGCCGCGAGAAGAACUAAUUAAUAAAGUGGUCCGUAGACAGAAAAAUACCGAGGACAAACAAGCUCUAACACCUAGGAAAGUAGAGCUUCUAUCGUAUCAUUUCGAAGAAUUUCUCACCGACCGUAAUUACUCGGAAGAAAGAAUACAAAUCGAGUUAAAAAAAAUGAACACUUAUUUAGGUCGAGCAAUUACAUCAGCGAAAAAAAAAAGUGGUGUUGUAAUUGUGCAAUAUUUACCAUUAAAAUAUAAAUUAUUUUUUUUUAUAAUUUAAAAUCUUUAAAUUAUUAAUUUUUAAGCUUUAUAAAGUUUAUUGU